AUGGCCUGGACGGUGAUUGAAGGCAGGUCUGCUCCAUACUCGAACAAGGAGCAAGAAGGCCAGCAGAAAGAUCAGCGAAAUGGUGGUGCUGAAAAGGAUGACUUUCUCAAGCCCCAGAAGAAGCAGAGCACAGAAGGAGCCUGUAUCUCCCGAGCGAAGGCCUGGAAGCUACGACGUAGCGGCACUGUGGCGACCGGCCUCGCUGUUUUCUUGAGCUUGUGGGCCUCAAGACGGUUCAUGUCAUUCUGUUUUGUCCCUGCUCCACCAAAGCUUCCCACACCGAUCGAGGCUUCCGCCUUCUCCUCUACCUUUGCAUCUUAUACACUUGCAGCCCAGCCAGUGGUAGCGUUGUCAGCUCUGACAACAGUCACUGUCGUAGGAGUGGUGUGCAAGCAGACCCUUUUUGUGCGUCGCCCUCACAAAUGGACCCUUGGCAAACGAUCGGGCAUGAGAGGCUCUUUGACAAAGCGCGCAGCCACGUUCACAAAGUCAGUUGAUGUCAACCAAUGUGGAUUUUUCGAUCGGCAGCUUUCUGGACCGUGGACUGCCGCAGAAGCACCAGCAGUUAGUGAGGAGCUGGAUGGUGCCAAGAGCGAAGUUUCGCUAUGGCAUGAUGUUGAUUUAUACGUGAAGUCCUGGCUGGACGAGCCGACUGCACUUUUGCGAUAUGUGAAUGAAAUGCCCAUAGGCACUUUGCGCAAGUACGAGGUGCAGCCUGGGGCACCUCACAAUGCCAUUGAAGAGGAUGUGAAGGGCUCCAAAAAGCUUGCAAAGUUCGGAAAGCCAGUGCCAUUCAACUACGGGUGCUUUCCGCAGACAUAUCGAGAUCCGGAAAAGGCCUGUGAGCUCUACUCUGCUCCUGGUGACGAUGAUCCUUUGGACGUGAUUGAUUUGGCAGAUGCACCGACAGAGGUUGGGACCAUUGUCCGGUGCCGCGUCCUAGGUGCUGUUUGUCUUAUUGAUGAAGGCCAGGCUGACUGGAAAGUGCUGGUGGUAAAUGUUGAUUCGAAAACAGCCCUGGCAAAUGCUCGCUCUAUCGAAGAUGUGGAGCGUAUUUCGCCGGGACGCAUUCAGGCGUGUUGGUCAUGGAUGGACGAGUUAAAAAGUAGUGGUGGCAAAGCGAAACUGCACCGUCACAUUCAUGAUGCGGAAUGUGCACUGAAGCUCAUCCAAGAGGACCAUGCCUCUUGGAAGGAGCUGGUGAAUUCAGCUGGACCUGAUGGAACUGCUCGUGGCCAUUGGAUUUGCAAUCCUCAGAAUGAAGAUGCUGCAGCAGUACAGGUCUUGAAGCUUGGUUGGGCACCUCCCUGUGUUGUUCCGGGACAACAAGUUGGCUCAAAGAGCAUGCUGGCUGGAGCUGCGCGGGUGUCAGUUCUAGCACGAGCAGCCAGGGCCGUACAGCUUGCUCGAACACAGUGA